GCGGAAGCGGCGGCGCGGCGCGGAGCGACGGGGGACCCGGCGCGGCCACGGCCCCUGGCAUCCUGAUGUGUCCUUCACACCGUCUCCGAGGUUCUGUGUGCUGCCUGCUGUGGCCCAUGGCACGAUGCUGGUGACCAGAUACUACGCCUCUUGCACAUUUUAGGGUGGUCAUCCCAAUCACUUGCUUUCUGGUGCAGGGUGGCACCAUGCAGCAGGAGGCGGAGGGCGGCCGGGUGCGCCGCAGGAAGCCCGACAUGGCCCUCUACGUGCCCAAAGCGCGGCGGGAGAGAGAGGCACAGGCGGCAGGUGACACACGGGCCGGGCACCGCCGGGAGCCCGAGAGCCACGGCCGGGAGCCCGAGAGCCACCGCCUGCUGCAGGAGCCUGGCUGGGCCAGCAGCGAGGGGCAGAGGCGAAGCCCCCGUGCCAGAACCCAGGCAGGCAGAGCGGCAAGGAGAGAGAACAAGGUGGAUGCCGGCCCAAAGGAGCUGCGGACAGCCUCUGCCAGGCACGGCCAUAGGACGAGAGGCAGCUGCCCUAUUGCACUGGAAAGCCCGGAGGCAUCACCCAGCGUGUGUGAGCCGUGCCCUGAUCCAGCUGUUGCUCAGCGCUGGGACAGGCAGGACAAAGCAUCUCACGAAGAACCUGGAGAGCUCUGCCACAACCACAGGAUGAUAAGGACUGAGCCUGACCCUCCAUCCACACAGAAUGCCCAGGCUGGGGCUGUGAAGGCUACCUCUGAGCCUGGGGAUGACACCACUAGCCCAACACCCGCUGCUAGCCCAACACUGGUUUGUCAGACAGGCCUGAGUGGCAUGUUGGAGCACUUGGGGGACAGCACCCUAGAUCCGGCUGGAGACGUCUCCCAAAGCCUGGGAGAGGCUGUCCUGCAGUCAGCAGGGAUGGGCAACCAUGGCAGGGUGCCCCAGUUGCUGGAGGAGACAGUGGGUCCGAAAGCCUGGGAGGAGGAGAGGGAGGAGGAGAGGUCUGUCCUGGCAGAGCAGAGUGGGGGUUGUGCCACUGCGGUGCCAGAGGAAGAGGAGACGUGGGGAAGCAGAGCUGAGCUUGCUGAGGAAAGAACCUUGUGUGCACCAGGAGCCAGCUGUGAGCGUGUGCUCCUGGGGGGCACCGUGGGCGAUGUUCCGCAGCAGGGCACGGGCAGCCCAUCCCAGCUCCCGCCUGCCACAGAGGAGAGCGCUGCUGGUGCCGGGGAUCCCACUGGGGAGGGUGACCUGGUGCCUGCUGUAGUGGAAGCGGGCAGCACUUCUGCCUGCACACAUAGCAGUGCUGCAUCUGAGAGCAGCCCGUGGGAGGGAGCACCUCUGGAAAGCUGUGAGCCCCCAGUGCCCCUAGAGCAGCUGUGCCAUGGCAUGGAGGGCAUCUCACCUGCGUCCUGGGCCAAGGAGCUGGCAAAGCCAGAUGAGGAUGUGGGCUUGCUGCAGAAGCACCAGGAGGCUGAGAAAGAAGAGAGAGCUCUUCACAGCAGCUCCCCUAAGGAAGGACAGACCAGUGCCAAUGCUGAAACCCUGAGCCAGACCAGCCCAGGUGCUGAGGAGAGCUGGGAUGUGCUGUUCAACGAUGAUGGGGACUGCCUGGACCCACGCCUGCUGGAGGAGCUCUCAGGGGGUGAGAAGCACCAGGAGAGCCUGCAGUCACCCCGCUUCAACUACUAUGGGGCCGAGCCUGCUGCCCCAGACAUCAGCGACGAUGAGCUGCCCCACGUCAUCGAGAUCUAUGACUUCCCCUCAGAUUUCCGCACCGAAGAUCUGAUGCGUGUCUUCUGCAGCUAUCAGAAAAAAGGCUUUGAUAUUAAAUGGGUGGAUGAUACGCACGCCCUGGGCAUCUUCUCCAGCCCCAUAACAGCACGCGAUGCCCUCAGCACCAAGCACCUGAUGGUGAAGACACGUCCACUGUCCCAGGGCACCCGCGCCUCUAAAGCCAAAGCCAGGGCGUAUGCUGAGUACCUGCAGCCAGCCAAGGAGCGCCCUGAGACAUCAGCUGUCCUGGCCAGGCGGCUGGUGAUUGGUGCCCUGGGGGUACGGAGCAAGCAGACACCAGCCCAGCGAGACGCAGAGCGGAGGAAGCUGCAAGAAGCUCAAGAGAGGAAGCGCCUGGAGAACAAGCAGCGGGAGGAUGCCUGGGAGGGCCGGGACUGAGCCAGGAGGCUGCACUUUCAGCCCACGUCCCUCUCUGCAGGCAGGCAGAGCACUCUGCGUCUCAGAGCUGGGACAGAUUCUGCACUGCAUCCAAAAGCACAGGGCUGCUGCGCCGAGAGGGCUGAGCAGCACGCGGGCUGGGUGGUGCCGUGGGGAUGCUGCUGCUGUCAGGCAGCACUGCCCACCCUGCCCAGGGCAGAACCGCCAAGGCUGCCAGCCACAGCGGGAGCGACGGCAGGAUGCAGGGAGCUCAGCAGAGAGCAUGGGGGGCUGUGUGGGGUGGCCCAUGCCACCUGGAAGGGCCUUGUGAGUGAGAUUUUCUGUCCUUUAUUUUGCUAAUAAAUGCCAUUUAUUUUAUUUGCUUGCCUGGG